AUGCCAGCUUCCCCUCCACCUCCACACGAUUUCACCGAUCACGAACAGCAUAUGAAAUGGCAGGUGGAAAAGGAGAAGUAUUCUACUGUGCCUUUGAUCCCACAAGAUUUCUCGCGUGAGUUUCAUCUUAUUUCUGUUGACGUUUGCAAUUCAGAUUUGGAAAAAGGAUCAAAUAGUUCAAGCAUAUCUUCCACUGUGCUUCAUAGAGCUAUGAGUAAUCCGUUUGUGCCAAUUGGCAUGAUUGCUACUGUUGGUUGCCUUAUCGGCAUGCUAAGCGCAACUAUAAAGCGCAAACCAGAAAAAGCUCAGCUCUACAUGCGUGGUCGUUGCUUGGCUCAAGGAAUCACUAUUGCUGCCCUUGUCGGUGGUGCCAUACUUUUUGAGUUUUAUAUACCUCAUCGUCAAACUGUACAGGGUAGAAAGCUAGCUCAUCGUUUGAAGCGUUUCAAUUUUCCCGUGCAUAAAUUUUUACUAAUGUUUCUCAGUAUUUUGGCCAACGAACAGUACUUUUCUGAAGUUACUUUGUGUCAGAAUGGUCAUAUGAUCGCUAAUAGAAAAAACUGCACUUGUAGAGUUAUGGCAGAUGACGAGCAAGAAACCUAUAAAUUAUGGAGGGUCCGGAAAACGAUCAUGCAGAUGUGCCACGAUCGUGGUUACCUGGUAACUCAAGAAGAGUUGGAUCAGACUUUGGAUGAAUUCAAGGAGAUGUUUGGUGAUCGUCCCAGUGAAAGAAAACCUGCGCGCAGUGACCUUACUAUUCUUGUCGCUCAUAAUGACGAUCCAACGGAUCAAAUGUUCGUAUUCUUCCCAGAAGACACGAAAAUCGGAAUCAAAACUAUCAAAGCAAUCUGUCAGCAGAUGCAAGAGCAAACUAUCACAAGAGCGAUUAUCGUAGUGCAAACGGGAAUGACUCCAAGUGCGAAACAAGCUAUUGCUGAUAUGGCCCCUAAGUAUAUCCUGGAACACUUUCUCGAAUCGGAACUCAUGGUGAACAUCACUGAGCACGAGCUAGUCCCUGAACAUGUUGUGAUGACCAGUGACGAAAAGGCAGAACUGUUAGCCCGAUACAAACUGAAAGACACCCAACUACCAAGAAUCCAGCUAUCAGAUCCGGUUGCACGAUAUUUUGGCUUGAAAAGAGGACAAGUCGUGAAAAUUGUCAGACCAUCGGAAACUGCAGGCCGUUACAUCACGUAUCGCUUGGUGGUUUGAUC